UUGGGGGCGGCCACCAGUGGGCUUGCUAUCAACCUUCAACAAAUAUCCAUUAAAUCCUUUACAUGCAUCAUACUUUAGUAAUUCGGGAUGCUUCUAUUUUCCUUGUUUCUAAUCCCAUUGUUUUCUUCUGUUCUUUUGGUAUCAGGAUGGAAUAGUUAUUGGGCUGAAAAGCUUCAGGUGCCAUUCCUACAAUCAGUUCAAGCUCCGUUCAGACAAUGGACAUCGCCACCAUCCAGAAUUCCGGAAGGUGGUACGGGCAUCACUCAGAGUCGAACGCUCACUCUGCGAAGCGUGUACCAUCAUGGAACUAAAGAAUAUCCCGAAUUGCAUCGACGUCUCAGAAUCAGUCCCGAGAAGAUAAAGAAAGCGACCCUCCAGGGCAGUGAUAGCGAAUCCGAUAUUGGUCCAUUUACCGUUCCCACAGCUCCAAUAGGCAUUCACAGGCUUCGAAAGCGAGGUGUGCAGGAUAUAGAAGCUUUCAAUCAAUGUCCUAUCGAUCUUCCCGUGUCAGCGUGGUCUGUUGAUGAUGUUUCAGCGCCGGAUGUGACGGACAAAUCCACUGUGGUCAAUUUUGCAGUUAUGGCAGCAAACACAUAUCAACGAACUCCCGAUGAUCCUCAGUGGGAAGAUAUAAAACCUCCUUUUAAUCUUUCAUCAUCUAUUGGAUGGGAAUCAGAUGGUCUGCGGGGUCAUGUUUAUGCCGACAAUACAAAUACCACAAUCGUUAUCGCGUUGAAGGGUACAACUUCAGCUGUAUUUGAUGGGGCCGAGACAACUACAAAUGAUAAAGAAAAUGAUAAUCUGUUUGCUGGAUGCUGCUGUGGACAAGGUGGAUGGGGUCUACGAAAAGUAUGUGAUUGUAUGACGGCAACAUAUACAUGCAACGAGAUUUGUGUUUCCAAGGCAUUGAAGAAGCCAAAUCGUUAUUAUCAAGCUGCUGUGGAACUAUAUGGAAACAUUACAGAGGAAUAUCCCAAUGCCGACGUCUGGUUGACAGGUCAUUCUCUUGGAGGACUUGUCACUACUCUUGUUGCAUUGACUUUUGGGCAUCCUGUACUGACCUUUGAGUCGGUCCCUCAAGCAUUAGCAAUUUCUCGAUUGGCUCUUCCUACUCCACCUGGGUACAGCUCUGCUUCUGAAGCUCGUGAUAAUGUAGGUAUUUGGAAUUUCGGGCACACUGCUGAUCCCGUAUAUAUGGGUACAUGCAAUGGAGCUACAUCACUUUGUGCUUUUGCUGGCUAUGCCCUCGAGUCGACGUGUCAUGCAGGAUUACGAUGCGUAUACGAUGUCGUUGCAGAUUUCGGUUGGAGUGUAUCUCUAUCAACUCAUGGAAUCAGAGCCUCUAUCAGAAAUGUAUACAAGAAAUAUGAUAAAGCUCCUACAUGUGUUGCCGACACCGAAUGUGUUGAUUGCUUCAAUUGGAAAAGAGAAAAGGGACCUCACUCUACUUCUUCAAGUACCACAGCUAGUACAACAUCUAAACCAAGGACUCGUACCGAAACUUGCAAAACUCCUGGCUGGUGGGGGUGUUUAGAUAAAACCAGUGCGAGCACAACGUUUACAUCGACAACGACUAUCACCUCGACUUCUUGUAGGAGCUAUGGGUGGUUUGGGCGAUGCCUAGACCCUACUUCUACUACAUUCACCUCUGAAACGACUAUUAUCGAAGCUUCGGCAACUGUUCGUGAGCUUCCUGCUGCUAUUACUAGUAGUGAAAGUUCCGUCAAUGGGUUCAAGACUGGAGUGGCUCAACCACAUCAAAUAACUUCUUCUCCGAUAGCUCCAACAUGAGGCUAAGCAUAUGGACGUGUUGUUCCCCCUUCAUUACAAUUGUCAAUACACAAUAUCAAGAACUGUACUUGGAGAAUAGAUGCAUCAUACCGUUGCCUAAGCUAUAUUUAGACAAACUGAUAUCUCUCUAUUAAUACGUCGGGUAAUAUCAGAUCAGGUCAAAACUGAAAUCCAAUCAAGUCAGUCAGACUGUCACGGCGGCUUUUCGGCUCUAUUGAGAGAUAAUCUUCAAACCACUGGGGAUAUUGGGCAUCUAUCUACUAGUAUCUAGACAUUCUGCCACAUCAUUCAAACUACUGUUAAAAUAUUACUGGUCUGCUCUACGGAGUAUUCAUUAUUGAUCAAAAAUGUAUCAUUUCUUGAUCAUGUUUGUUGGCAUGUGCUUCUGCAAAGAAAGGCAUGCUGCAUAUAUUCAUGAGGUUAUUUCAUCUAUCUACCAGUGAUCUAUCCAAUCUGAACUUUUCCAGUUGUCGAAUAGAAAGAGAGAA